UCUUGCUGAGCCCAUGGCCCUCUACCUGUUGGCGACCGCUCUGCUCACCGUCUGCCUUGCAGGCGGCGGUGCGAGCAGCGACGGGCUGCAGGGCCCCGUGUUCCUGCAGGAGCCGCCGCACCGCGCAGACUUCUCCAACUCGACCGGCGUGGCGCUGCAGUGCUCCGCCCACGGGAACCCGCCGCCGACGAUCUCGUGGCUGCUGCCGGACGGGCAGCGCGCGCGCGACGUGCCGGGCCUGCGGCAGGCGCUGGCCAACGGGACGCUGCUGCUGGAGCCGUUCGCCGCCGAGGACUACCGGCCGGACGUGCACGGCGCCGCCUACCGCUGCCUCGCCUCCAGCUCCCUCGGCGCCAUCCUCAGCCGACGCGUACAGGUCCGGGCAGUGGUGAAGCAGUUCUACGAGCUGCAGGUGUACGACGAGUUCGUGGUGCUGGGCAACACGGCGGUGCUGCGCUGCCACGUGCCGUCGUUCGUGCGCGACUACGUGGCCGUCACGUCGUGGGUGCGCGGCGCCAGGGAGCGCAUCACCGCAGACGUCAGCACAGGCGGCCGGUACUCGGUGUUCGCCUCUGGGGAGCUGCACAUCCGGCACGUGACGCACGCGGACGGCGCGCUCGCCUACCGCUGCGAGGCCAGGCACAGGCUCACCGGGGAGACGCGGCUCAGCACCGUCUCCGGCAGGCUGCUGGUGACGGAGCCGCAGAGCUCGGUGCCGCCCCGCAUCACGGACUCCCGCAGUCACGUGACCGUGCGCCUCCGCGAGCCGGCGGAGCUGCCCUGCGCCGCCCAGGGCUUCCCCCUGCCCACGUACACGUGGUACCGGGGCCGCGGCGGGCAAAGCGUUGCUGUGGCGACAGACGAGCGCGUGAUCCAGGUGGGAGGCAGCCUGUACCUGCGCAGCGCCCAGCUGGAGGACUCUGGCCGCUACACCUGCGUCGUCAACAACAGCGUGGGCAGCGAGCGAGCCUCCACCUCGCUGCUCGUCACCAAGCAGCUGUCGGCCUACAUGAGCCCGCAGGUACAGGUGGUGGACGUGGGGAAGACGGCGGUGUUCAAUUGCACGACAGAUGGCCAUCCCAAGCAGUCGGUUGUCUGGCUCAAGGAUGCACAGCUGCUCACCCCCUCCAGCAGGGUGCGCCUGCUCGCCUCAGAGCCAGCUCAUAGGCUCUCAACUUUGCAGUCACAUCCCAUAACAAAAGGGAACUGA